GUUGCUGAAAAGUGGAUAACAGUAUGUUUCUAUGCAGAAGAAGAGGAUGCAGAGGAAGAGAGCUUAAAGAGGGAGAAGAGAGAAGAUUGCGCGAAGAGGGGCAAAGAUCCAGGAACGGAAGAAGUGAAUUUGCUCAGACUCGAUGGAAGGAAACCCAUACUGAUCCAGCCUGUUUGCACCUGCAUCUUCCACGACUCCCACUCCCAACACCCACUCUAUUCUCGUCCUCAACUUGCAUCCUCUCUUCGCCUCCUCCAUCCCGAUGAACAGUUCUUUGUUUUUUACCAGGAUCUCCUGCAUAUCUGCAUCAAUUUGUCAAUGUCGCCCUCCACGACUCGCUCAAAGGCAUAAUCCCCGAAAGGUAACACCAUGCAUUCUCAUGAGAGCCGGUUGUAGAGUACGUCGCACACCUCGUACGAGAGCUCAAACUCUAGACAUCUGCUCGCAGCAUUCCCAAUUUCUACUUGAGCCCGUCGUCCAGCAUCUGUUGCGCUCCUUACCCAGUUACUCUUUCUCCCAGGCAUACUCGACAGCAGACUUAUCCUAUUACUUCCAAUAUGGAUAUUACAAAGCCUGUGGUGGAGGGAAUUGAUAUCUCAGAGGAUAUGAAUGCUUCGCUACGAACAAGCAGCAAAUGCGAUGCCCUCCUCGGAGUGAGUGAUGCCUCUGGGACAACCGUGGAAGAGCAGCCGUCGUUAUGGUGGAGCAGGAUCAGAGCUACUUGUCGCGAGGCCUUUUCUGAGUUCUUCGGCACCCUGAUACUGAUUCUUUUUGGAAACGGAGUGGUCGCUCAGGUUACUCUUAGCCGAAGCCAAAAGGGCGACUAUCAGUCCAUAUCUUGGGGCUGGGGACUCGGGGUCAUGCUUGGCGUGUAUGUGAGCGGUAUAUCAGGCUCCCAUAUCAACCCUGCCGUGACAUUCGCAAAUUGUGUCCUCCGCAAAUUUCCGUGGCGCAAGUGGCCUAUCUACGCUAUUUCCCAGCUUCUUGGCGGCAUGUGUGCUGCAGCUAUUGUGUACGGCAAUUAUAAGUCGGCCAUUGAUGCUUACGAAGGGCCCGGCGUCAGGACGGUCCCAGGAUACUCAGAUCACCCUACUGGAGGUAUUUUCUGCACGUAUCCUACGGACUUUAUGACUCGCACUGGCCAAUUCUUCUCUGAAUUUCUUGCAAGCUCACUCCUGAUGUUUGUCAUUUUCGCCCUCAACGAUGAAGGAAAUCUCGGUGCAGGGCCCUUGACGCCUCUCGCUCUAUUUUUUACCAUUUUUGGAAUUGGCGCAUGCUUUGGUUGGGAAACUGGGUAUGCGAUCAACCUCGCUCGUGACUUUGGUCCACGACUGGUCUCAUACAUGAUCGGAUAUGGUCCACAGGUCUGGCGAGCUGGAGACUACUAUUUCUGGGUACCGAUUGUGGCACCUUUUCUCGGUUGCACCUUUGGUGGUUGGCUCUACGAUAUGUUCCUUUACGUUGGUCCCGACAGUCCCGUUAACACACCAUACAUAGGGCUCCGGCGUUUUAUUAGGCCAAUGGCUCGGAAGCACUGCGAUAGUCGGAGCCAUGUUUGA